AUGGCCUGUUUAUGCGGGUGCAUCAAUCAACUGAUUGAUAACUUUGAUCCGAAAACGGCCGCGGGUCUUGCGUCAGGCCUGAAUAAGCACCUCGAGGCCAUCCGAAGCAUCCUCGCUAGGAAUAAAUCCCUCGCCAAGGAGGUGCGCUACCAGAUCAUACCGAGCAACCAGCGCACAGCAAAGAUCCUAUCGCUGCAUUCUAUCGAUCUUGUACGGAUUGAGAGGCUGCAUGGCGUUUUUAAAAAUGACGUCAAGGGCUUUUGGGUAGCGGCUGGUGAUGCGUUACACCAGGAAUUACGAAGGCGCAUUUCGUGUAUUACGAUAUUUCUGAGAUCGAAGGUGGAUGAUAAUGCGUGGGCGUCGCAUGAUGUCGCGAAUCUUACACAGGGACGUACGUUGUCGGAGUUGAGAUAUGCGGGCAGCAAGUACAUCAAGAUCGCCCGACGACUGGGAGGGAUUGGGUCGAUCCUCUGGCUGCCGCUAGAAAUACCGGCCUCGACAUACGAGCGUUACCUAAACAUGGAUGACGCCGAGGCUUUUGAUCACAUCCAGAACCUAGGCUCCGACGCGCCAGACCUCAACCUUUUCGUGCAGCGCCUCAUCACGGCUCAACUUGACGACCCCUCGCUUGUCCUGUCACAUCGAAAUUUACUGCUAGAGUAUGGAGACUGCAUAUCACCAGCCGAGCAGGGUCUUCUUCUGCUGCAUGCUCUUGGCGGAAAUGACAUUCCGCUCGAUUUGUUGAAAUGUGCCAAGAUUCCCAUGAGGCGAUGGACCAAUGAAGGAGAGAUCCAGAGCAUAACGGCCUCCGAUUUUGGGUUCAGCGCUGAAAUAAUCGGGCUGCUGUCUAGUGAUGAGCGUCUUGCGGAAUUGGGUCAACGGCCGGAGGUUACGCAGCAGGCGUUGGAGGAUGGCACGAUUAUCUGGUCUUUAUCGCCUGAGGCGCAAAAAGAGCUUUCCCAUCGAUUGACACCGCAGACGACGGAAGAUUGGGCGACGACUGCGCUCAGGUUGCUAUGCUUUGCGUGUCCUCCUUGCUACGAAGGCAAAGUCAAUUGGGCGCUGCCGCUCAAAAAAGCGAUAUGGAAUCUUCUUGACAAAGCGACGAACCAGAAGCGACUUCCCUCAUCACUUCGCGCAUGCGUCAUCGAAGCUCUUCUCUUCUUUUGCGAACGCGACCUCUUCACAAUCCGAUCUGCCGCCGUGGAACGAGCAAAGUCGCUUCUUCGCAAGAACAUGUCGUUCUACUAUCAAGCAUCAGUCACCCUCUUUGAUAGUAUAAUAUCACGCAUAGACGGAAAUUUUCAGCGGUCGGAAGCUCUAAUCGUUGACUUUUUAGCAGCUGAUCAUGAAGGAAAUACACGAUCUGAUAAUGCAUUACGAGGAAGAUUGCACAUCUCGAAUAUUGAGAAUAAGAUACACCGAUAUGACCCAGCAGUUGCAUCGACGAUAUAUAACUGGGAAGGAAUUCAUCCUCUUUCGACGUUUGAGAUUGAAGUUACGAGAAGACUUCAAGGCGUAGCGGCAAAGUUCUUCCAUUCAAUUGGAGACUUUAAGACGACGAGGGCGUCGUUGGAACAGCAUCUCUGGCUCAACUCGACGAUGCCGAUAAGACCGAAUACCAGGUUACUCAUUGUUACGAGGCUAGCGGAGAUUCACUGCGAGUUGCACGAGUAUGAGAAAGCGCUGGAGACAAUCCAAGUCGAGCUUGAUGGUAUGACUGCACGCAAAGGCCGCCCGUUCCGAAGGUUAUCCAUGGCCAGAGCAGAAGGCUACAUCGGCCUCGGGCGCUUAGACGACGCAUCCACUGUUCUUCAAGAACUCAUCAACGUUGAACCGCCUGAACUCGAUGACCUAAACGACCAAGUCCUCCGCGUCCGCCGUCUAAUCCUCUCAGCGCGCAUCCACCACGCAGGCAACAAUUUUCCCGAAGCGCUACAGCACUGGCAGCUGACAGGCCAAAUGAUAGACAGUCUAGGAAUAUUCAAGACACGACAUGGCUGGACACUCGCCAUUGUUCAUUUAUCCAUGGCUCAUGCUCACAUUGCGCUUGGGAAUGAGGAACUUGCGCGACAGGCGUGGAAUGCGGGGGUGGAGAUUGCGAUGAGGGAGAGGUUUGAGUAUGUGUUUCCUGUGCUGGCGACGACGUGGCUGCAUAAGAUUGUGGGAGAGAUUCAUGAGAUCAAGGGAUGGCCGUUGAGGGUUAUGUUACCUGGGGGAAAGUCGGAUUUGACUUGGCUGUAA